UAGACGGCAGCAGAGCAGACAGCGAUGACAGACCCAUCAACGUGGUGAUGGUGAACUGCCAUGGGCACGAGAAGGCGUUUUGGGAGUGCAAGGUGGGGGACUGGGGGCCCUACAGUGACCUCCAUGACUUUGACACCGGCGUCGUCUGCCAAGGGUUCUCCCGUCUGGUCGGUGGUGAUGGCAGCUGCUCGGGGCUGCUGCAGGUGCGGCAGGGCCGAGCCUGGGCCAGUGUCUGUGAGGAUGCUGUGGACCUGAACGCUGCUCGGGUCGUGUGCCGGGAGCUGGGCUGCGGUUCGGUGCUGGCUGUGGUCGGGCCAGGGCUGUUCCCUAUGGGAUCCGAGCCUCAAUGGGACACGGGAUUCGAGUGCACCGGCACCGAGCUCCUCCUCAGCGCCUGCAAGCGACGGGCACGGAGCACCCAGGGCUGCAGUGCCCAGGCCAGCAUCAUCUGCUCCUCCUACGGCGGCUUCCGACUGGUGAACCACAGCUCCCACUGCGCUGGGCGGGUGGAGGUGAUGGAGGGGGGGACGUGGGGGUCCCUGUGUGCCAGCGCCUGGGACCUGCCCGAUGCCCACGUCCUCUGCCAUCACCUCGGCUGUGGCUCUGCCAGCUCCGUGCCCCCGGGAGGCUCCUUCGGCAGCGGCAAUGGGACCCUACGGGUGGAUGCCUUCGGAUGCAGCGGCACCGAGCGGGUCCCCAGUGAGUGCCCCGUGGUGGGGCUGGGGGAGCCGAGCUGCCCCCCAGGGCAUGCGGCGGCCGUCGAGUGCUCAGGCGUUACCGACUCCCUGCGGCUGCUGGAGGGUCAGACCCGGUGCGAUGGGCGGCUGGAGGUGACCACGAGCCCUAGCUCCUGGGCCGCUGUGUCCGCGGGGCUGCGGGACCCCCAGACCGGCUCCGUGGCCUGCAGGGAGCUGGACUGCGGCGAACCGGAGAGGGUGUACCCGGUACCGGCCCCCAGCGCCAUGGGGCUGCAGGAGGUGCAAUGUGCGGGCAGCGAGGAUGCUCUGGCGCAGUGCAACCGGUCGGUCACGGCCGUCGCUCCAAGGCAGGCUCUGGCUGUCGUGUGCUCCGGCAGCCGGCGGCUGAGGCUGGCGGGGGGCCCCGAUCGCUGUGCGGGACGUGUGGAGCUCUACGUGAACGGCGCUUGGAGCCCCGUGUGCCAGGACGGGUGGGACAUCCCGGACGCCACCGUCGUGUGCCGGCAGCUCCGCUGCGGGGCAGCGCUGGAGGCCUCCGGCUCCGCUCGCUUCGGGCCCGGAGCGGCUCCGCCGUGGACGGGAGCCGGUGGCUGCACCGGAUCCGAAGCUUCCCUUUGGGAUUGCCCAGCCCCGUUGGAGAGCGGCUGCCGGAGCGGCGGUGGGGCCGCUGCUGUGUGCUCCGGUCACCUCUCCCUGCGGCUGACGGGCGGCAGCGGCCGCUGCAGAGGGCACCUGGAGCUGCUCCAUAACGGGACAUGGGGCCGCGUGUGCGCCGACGGCACCAGCCCGGCCACGGCCGCGGCCGCCUGCAGGCAGCUGGGCUGUGGGGACCGGGGCAUCCUCGGCGCUGCCCCUGCCCCACUGCCGGCCCCCGCUUGGCUGGCCUGGGUGCGCUGCCCCGACGGGGCGCGCUCCCUGUGGCUCUGCCCCUCGGCUCCCUGGCGCCUGCAGCCGUGCGCGCCCGGCGGGGACGCGCAUGUGGUGUGUGCUGAGGACGGCGCUGAGGAGGGGGGGGUCACCCCGACCCCGGGGAGCUCGUGCCCGCACGGGGGCGCGUGCACAGAUGUCCCCACUGCCACCCCCCCGCUGGCAGUGCCAACGGUGCCAACGGUGCCAACGGUGUCAACGGUGCCAACGGUGCUGAACGUGGUGCUGGGGGUGCUGCUGUGCCUGGCGCUGGCUGGGCUGGCUCUGCAGUGGUACCGAGCCUGGGCUGCGAGGCCAGAGCCUGGCAAUGCCGUCUAUGCUGUCUAUGAGCAGCUGGAUUACACCGUGGUGCCAGAGCACCAGCAGGUGCCCAGUCGCCCAGGCUCCCCAACAGAGGGCUCAGAGACGAAGCUGCCCUAUUACACUGCAGGGGACGUGGAGGAGAGUGACCCCAGCACAGCCCCAGGCCCCCCUGCCCUGCCUGAGGACGGACCCCCCGAUGGCUACGAUGAUGCUGAGGCUGUGCCAGAGGAGCUCCUUGGCACUGGGGACACCCCCGAGGGGGUGGCACUUGUAGGAAUUCCUUUAACCCCCUUGUCCAAUUCCUCUGUAUUACCCCCCUGUACAUUGGUUAUCCCUGUAUCAUGGCCUCUCCCGUGUUUCCUGUCUGCUGCAGGUCACCCCUCUUACACCACAUCGGUGCCUUUGCCCGUCCCUGUGCAUCAGCACCUCCUCAAUGGGAAGCUGCCUCCGCACCCUCCCCAUGUCCCCCUAUGGCCUCCUGCACUGUUCAGCACUGAUGGAGUCCUCCAGGUCAACCCCGGCCUCCACCGAGCCCUGGAGGCAGCUCCUGCUCCAUCCGCUGCCUGCACCAGCUAUGACUUCGACUGGGAUGCCCAUUGGGCCACCGUGGUGUGCCGGCAGCUCGGCUGCGGCACCGCGGUCACGUCGUCCCCGUACGCUCCCUUCGGGCAGGGCACCGGCCGCAUCUGGCUCCACAUCUACUUCUGCCGCGGCCAAGAGGAGAUGCUGCAGGAUUGUCUCCAUCUCGGAUGGGGCCAACACUACUGCGGCCACGAGCAGGACGUGGGGGUGACCUGCACAGACGCGUUGGAGCUGAGGCUGGUGGAAGGCAGCGGUCCCUGUGCCGGGAAGGUGGAGGUGAAGCUGCGGGGACAAUGGGGUGCGGUGUCGGAUGACACAUGGACCAUGGAGGAUGCAGAGGUGAUUUGCCAGCAGCUGGGCUGUGGCUCGGCCACCAAAGCCUACAUUGAUGGCAGCAGAACAGGCAGCGAUGACAGACCCAUCAACAUGGUGAUGGUGAACUGCCGUGGGCACGAGAAGGCGUUUUGGGAGUGCGAGGUGUGGGACUGGGGGCCCUUCAGUGGCCUCCAUGACUUUGACACCGGCGUCGUCUGCCAAGGGUUCUCCCGGCUGGUCGGUGGUGAUGGCAGCUGCUCGGGGCUGCUGCAGGUGCGGCAGGGCCGAGCCUGGGCCAGUGUCUGUGAGGAUGCUGUGGACCUGAACGCUGCUCGGGUCGUGUGCCGGGAGCUGGGCUGCGGUUCGGUGCUGGCUGUGGCCGGGCCAGGGCUGUUCCCUAUGGGAUCUGAGCCUCAAUGGGACACGGGAUUCGAGUGCACCGGCACCGAGCUCCUCCUCAGCGCCUGCAAGCGACGGGCACGGAGCACCCAGGGCUGCAGGAGCCAGGCCAGCAUCAUCUGCUCCUCCUACGGCGGCUUCCGACUGGUGAACCACAGCUCACACUGCGCUGGGCGGGUGGAGGUGAUGGAGGGGGGGACGUGGGGGUCCCUGUGUGCCAGCGCCUGGGACCUGCCCGAUGCCCACGUCCUCUGCCAUCACCUCGGCUGCGGCUCUGCCAGCUCCGUGCCCCCGGGAGGCUCCUUCGGCAGCGGCAAUGGGACCCUACGGGUGGGUGCCUUCGGAUGCAGCGGCACCGAGCGGGUCCCCAGUGAGUGCCCCGUGGUGGGGCUGGGGGAGCCGAGCUGCUCCCCAGGGCAUGCGGCUGCCGUCGAGUGCUCAGGCGUUAUCGACUCCCUGCGGCUGCUGGAGGGUCAGACCCGGUGCGAUGGGCGGCUGGAGGUGACCACGAGCCCCGGCGCUUGGGCCGCUGUGUCCGCGGGGCUGCGGGACCCCCAGACCGGCUCCGUGGCCUGCAGGGAGCUGGACUGCGGCGAACCGGAGAGGGUGUACCCGGUACCGGCCCCCAGCGCCAUGGGGCUGCAGGAGGUGCAAUGUGCGGGCAGCGAGGAUGCUCUGGCGCAGUGCAACCGGUCGGUCACAGCCGUCGCUCCAAGGCAGGCUCUGGUUGUCGUGUGCUCCGGCAGCCGGCGGCUGAGGCUGGCAGGGGGCCCCGAUCGCUGUGCGGGACGUGUGGAGCUCUACGUGAACGGCGCUUGGAGCCCCGUGUGCCAGGACGGGUGGGACAUCCCGGACGCCACCGUCGUGUGCCGGCAGCUCCGCUGCGGGCCAGCGCUGGAGGCCUCCGGCUCCGCUCGCUUCGGGCCCGGAGCGGCUCCGCCGUGGACGGGAGCCGGUGGCUGCACCGGCUCCGAGGCUUCCCUUUGGGAUUGCCCAGCCCCGUUGGAGAGCGGCUGCCGGAGCGGCGGUGGAGCCGGUGCUGUGUGCUCCGGUCACCUCUCCCUGCGGCUGACGGGCGGCAGCGGCCGCUGCAGAGGGCACCUGGAGCUGCUCCAUAACGGGACAUGGGGCCGCGUGUGCGCCGACGGCACCAGCCCGGCCACGGCCGCGGCCGCCUGCAGGCAGCUGGGCUGUGGGGACGGGGGCAGCCUCGGCGCUGCCCCUGCCCCACUGCCGGCCCCCGCUUGGCUGGCCUGGGUGCGCUGCCCCGACGGGGCGCGCUCCCUGUGGCUCUGCCCCUCGGCUCCCUGGCGCCUGCAGCCGUGCGCGCCCGGCGGGGACGCGCAUGUGGUGUGUGCUGAGGACGGCGCUGAGGAGGGGGGGGUCACCCCGACCCCAGGGAGCUCGUGCCCGCACGGGGGCGCGUGCACAGAUGUCCCCACUGCCACCCCCCCGCUGGCAGUGCCAACGGUGCCAACGGUGCCAACGGUGUCAACGGUGCCAACGGUGCUGAACGUGGUGCUGGGGGUGCUGCUGUGCCUGGCGCUGGCUGGGCUGGCUCUGCAGUGGUACCGAGCCUGGGCUGCGAGGCCAGAGCCUGGCAAUGCCGUCGAUGCUGUCUAUGAGGAGCUGGACUACACCGUGGUGCCGGAGUACCAGCAGGUGCCCAGUCGCCCAGGCUCCCCAACAGAGGGCUCAGAGACGAAGCUGCCCUAUUACACUGCAGGGGACGUGGAGGAGAGUGACCCCAGCACAGCCCCAGGCCCCCCUGCCCUGCCUGAGGACGGACCCCCCGAUGGCUACGAUGAUCCUGAGGCUGUGCCAGAGGAGCUCCUUGGCACUGGGGACACCCCCGAGGGGGUGGCAAUUGUAGGUUGGAGCCGCCCCCCCCCAGGAGGCACAGGGGACCCCCCGGAGCAGCCGCCAGGGGAUACAGGCUAUGAUGAUGCUGAGCACUGCAGGGAUCUGGGCUUAGUUUCACUGUGAAUUCCCAUGGUUUUCCCUAUUAAAGCUCCAAAGGUGGCUGGAGACUCA